CCACCUCUUUCUCGUCGAAGCCAUGGGCGACGCCCCGGGGGAAGCUUCCACCUCCUCCGUCAUCAGAGACGGAGCCGUCUCCGGUGUGCUUCCGGAGACCGCGGUCUUCGCCGUCCACUACCCCGGCUACCCUUCAUCAACCGCUCGCGCCAUCGAGACACUUGGCGGCCUCCCCGAGAUCGCUAAGGUUAGGAGUUCGGAGACCGGGAAUUUGGAGCUUCGUUUCCGCCCCGAGGACCCUUACUCCCACCCGGCCUUCGGUGAACUCCGGUCCUCGACCGGUCUUCUCCUCAGACUCUGCAAACCUAGGGGAGGAGAACAUGCAUCCCGAGGCGGAGCCUGUGAAGGCGGACACAGCGCGGAGCCUCCGCCAGCAGAGAGCCUGUCAGCGGAGGUCGUUGCACGGGUGAACCAUGCAUACCAUUUUGAAGGAAUGGUGGACUACCAGCAUGUUCUUGGCGUCCAUGCUGCAGAGGCGAGAAGAAAGAAGAGACCUUGGGCGCCGGAUGAAGCAUCAGACCCAGAAAAUGCUGGCACUAUGGACAUGGAUGGAGCAGACGUAAUGAUGAUGGUGCCACCACUCUUCUCAUUGAAGGAUAGACCGGAGAAAAUCGUGCUUAACCCACCAGCAAAUUUGUUCUCAAAAAACAUUCAAAGAGGAGUCAUGGAGCACAAGUGGGAGAUAAACAUUGAGCGGUGCCUUGCAAUACCUUUCGACAUAGAAAGAAUUCCUGAAAAGUUCAACUGGGAAGAUCACAUUUCAAGAGACAAUCCUGAAUGGGAGUGGCAAGUUGCUGUAUCAAAACUUUUUGAUGAAAAACCCAUAUGGCCCAGAUGGUCGUUUCAUGAGCGCUUGCUGGAUGAUGGCCAGCAGGUCUCUGAAAACCAGCUGAAAAGGCUUCUUUUUAGAGCUGGAUACUACUUUUCUACUGGACCAUAUGGUCGUUUCUGGGUCAGGAAAGGUUAUGAUCCUCGCACUGAUCCUGAGUCACGCAUAUUCCAAAAGGUUGAUUUCCGAGUACCACCUCAAUUAAGAAAUCUUGAGGAUAAGAUUGCAAAGACUGAGUUAAAGCAGACUCAGAAGGAGCUCUGUCACUUUAAAGUAUGGCCGUCUAAGAGUUUUAUUUGCUUACAACUUUUUGAACUAGAUGAUGACUUUAUUCAGCAAGAAAUUAGAAAACCUACGAGGCAGACAGCCUGUUCACACACAACAGGUUGGUUCUCUGGGGCCAUUCUUAGAACCCUGAGAUUGCAUGUGAGUAUUAGGUUUCUGUCGCUAUAUCCUAAUGAUGCUGCAAAGCAGCUGACAAAUUAUACCCGUGAGCUCUUUGAGAGGUCCAAGAAAAAUGGAGCCUUAAGCAGACUUCAAAAAUCUGAAAAGGAAGAUCAACUUGUAAACAGAGAUACUACUUGUUCUGCUGAGGUGACGUCUAUUCAAUCUAAUGAACAUGGACAUAUGGAUCCAGACAGGACAGAUAACUGUGAGAUUGAGGAUGAAGAAGAGGAAGAGGAAUUGGAUGGAUAUGAAUCCCCACCUGCAUGCGAAGAUGGGUUUUUUCCUGAUGGUGGUACCUCCUGUAACCUGGGAGAGCAGAUAUCGAAUGAUUACCUGGAGGAGCUCCUACGGGGAUUCCCAUUUAACAAAGAAUCCAAGGAUCGGCGACCUGAUGAUGCCGCAGGUGCCGGCGACAGUGAUGGUGAAUACCAGAUCUUCGAACAAGACAGUGAUGACAAUGAAAAUUUCCUCGAUGAUGAUGACGGUUUCUCUUAACACCGUCAAGUAAGCAGGUGUCAGCACAUGUAGAUCCAUGUAGUUCUUUGAAUGAACUUAUUCUAGGCUUUCCAAAAUGACUGAUAUAUUUAGGCUAGCUGUCUUUGUUGGUUUAUUGGAGAGUAAUUAUUAUUUGCUAUGCCCAUGUUUAAAACAUUUCAAUGUUGAAAUUAAUGUUACGACUUUGUGCCCUGAAAUCAAAGACAACAUUCUUGAAAGGUUGAAU